ACGCAUGCGAACUGCCAUCGAAAUCGAGGUACACCGGGGCGUUUUGUCUGCUAUCAUCCCAAAUUUGUGCGGUUUUUCCCUGAAAAUACUUGGUGAAAAUGGAGAAGAAGAAGGAGCAGCUGUUGCUGAUUGAGCCCCAGAAUGAGUUAAAGUUUUAUGGACCGUUUAACACACACGUGACGUCGAGGAUGCGCCUAACAAAUCCGACGGAGAAAGUGAUUCUCUUCAAGAUAAAGACAACGGCUCCUAAGAAAUACUGUGUACGUCCCAAUUGUGGCACUCUGAAUGCGCGGGACUCCAUCGAGAUUAGCAUUGUGCUGCAGCCACUAAAUUAUGAUCCUUUUGAGAAGAAUCGCCAUAAAUUCAUGGUCCAGAGCGUUGUGGCGCCGCGUGGGGUUGAGGAGUUUGGGUCCAUUGAGCAGAUCUGGAAGGAGGUGAAUCCUCAGGAUCUGAUGGAUUCGAAGUUGAAGUGUGUGUUUGAGGCGGUGGCGGAUAAUCUGGCCGAGAGUGAUCUGGCGUCCUCCAAUGCCGUGACAUCGACAAGGCAAGAGACACAGACAUUCGCAGCAACGUCAGAAGGCGCAUCUCCGUUUAAGCAUGGCGCAAGUGGAGACGACAGCUCUACUAUUACGACAACUGACACGGCAAAGGCGGCCGCUGAGCUUCGACAACUGCGGGAAGACGAAAGUCAAUUACGCCAGGAGAAUCUAAUGCUGAAGGAACAAGUUCUCCGAUUAAAGUUGGCCCUAGAUGAGGUGGAUGACAACUCGGCGAAAGGUGGCUCUAAUGUGUGGAGUGGAGGAAAUGCGCCGUCUUAUCAGCCACAAAAUGCUUAUGCGCCACCAAACCUUCCUUUUCCCGCUUAUUUAAUCAUUUCUCUCCUCGUGGGCAUCUUAUGUAUUCUUUUCGGCAAGUUUGUGCUGUGAAGCAGCAAUGGACAGACGUCGAGACCAUAGAGGAACACAGAGAUAAAUCCGUAUAAAAAAAAAAGAAAUAUUGAUUAACGCGAAGAAAAGGUAAACAAAAAGAUAUGGUUUUGAUUAAAAAAAAAAAAAGAAAAAUUUCUGGUUGUAAUGAUUUAAUAGAAGGAGAAAGCCAUUUGUUUAUUUUGUCACUUUUUUUGAGGAAAAUGGGAGGAAAAGGAAGCAGUUUAAUUUGAAUUGAAAGUUGAAAAAAAAGAGAAAACCUUUAUGAAAACGAAAUAUUUGAACACUUUCUUUUUGAGCAUUACACGGUUUUUUUUGUGGGGGGAAAAACAUGUAUUUUUAUGGAUAAAUUCGGAUUGAAGAGGGGAGAUUAAACUCAUAUAGUUAUAUUUGUAGAGCAAAUAAUCUGUUAAAGAAAAAGAUAAACAAUGAAUGCACAUUAUUCCAGAAAGGGAUGAUUUUAACUGAUUUUUUUUUAAUAUAACCAUUAUUAAAUGUCUUUAAUUGUUUAUAAGGGUUUGUUCUGUAUACUUUCCUUUGAAAAUUUAUAUGCUUUGUAAGUCAUUUAACUCUAUAUAAUUUAUUAUGGGUAAAUGUACGUCCCAAAAGAAAAUCAGUUAAAAUUUGUCUGUUAAACACUUAUAAAGGAUGAAGAAGAAGAAACUUUUGUGUAAAUUGCUAAAAAGAGUUAAAAAAAAAACUAUUCCUUGUGUUUCAGUGUUAAUACAAUUUUUUCUUUCUUUCUUUCCAACAUUUUAUCAAUAAAUAAAAGAUAUUAGCAAAAAAAAAAACAUUGUAAAUGCGGUGGCGUUUAGAGGCCUAACAGAAGAUUGACAUUCAUUUCAUGUUGAUGGAAAAUAUCUUUAAUCUAAUUAUAUUAGAAUCUUCUUGUGUGACAAUGAAAAAAAUUCUACGCUCAAAAUAUCUUCUUUUCUGGUUCUUAUUUGCUUUUCAUUUUGUUCUUUGAGGUAAAUUGAAGAGGUGUAAGGAAAUAAUGUACAGAUUUUAAGUGAGAAAGACGUCGAGAGAGAGAGCAUUUAAAUUGAGUAAUAAUAUUGAAUUGAAGAGAGGGUGAAGAAAGAGAGAGAGAGAGUCUAAAAAAGCCUAUUUUUCGAAUUAUAGCUUACUUUAUUCCUUUUCCGGUGUCAUUAACAAAAUGCUUUUCACAAAUUCACAUCACACACUUUUUGUCUCCCAAUAGUUAAACAAUUCCAAUUCCCACAAAAAUACUCUGUCUCAUUGGUGUGUGCGUGAUUGAAAAAAAAACAGCAAAAAGAAAUACUAUUUGAGAGAUGUUUUAAGAAGUUAAAUCACUACUCAUUCCUUGCAAAAGAAAAAUAAUAUACUUUUUCAAUGUCCCAUUUCUGCCCAGAAUUGCCACCAAAUCACACACACACACUCAAAGGAAAACACAUAAAACACUAGUGAGGAAAAGUAUUUCAUGAAUUAUAGACGACACACAUUUUGAGAGCCACUGCAUGCAUUGUGAGUACUUUGAAAUCCUAAAAUCCGCGCAUGCAGAAACGCGCUGUAAAACUACUUGUAAUAGUUUCUAACAAUUUAAUGAGAUGAGAAGAGAGAUAAUGUAUACUUAUGUUGUAUAUGACAUUUACAGGCAGCGAUGGAUGAUGAUGAGAGGGUGCAAAAUAUUCACACACAUUUUACAUAAGUAAGUAGCGAUUAAACACUUGUGGAUGAACCAUACACAUUUUGUGGGGCUGAAGCACAAAGAGAGAGAGAGAGAGAGAGAGAGCAGAAAAGAAAGAAUUUGGGUAAAGAAUUAACAUCACAGAGAUAUUGUUAAAGACGACACAUUUUUGGGCACAUGAAAAAAAAACGUCACUUUGGUAUGAUUUUUCGAAUGAAUUUGUACUUUAUAACAAUGAUAAUCUGUAGAUUUAUGCUGUAAGAAAGAGCGACUUAAGUCGCGACGCGAGAUGCUUUGCUUCAACUCUUGCGAGUUGAAUUUUUAGCUACAUUUUCAAGUUUAUAACUGCGAAAUGACAGCGAAAAAACAUAACAAAUUGAUGUUUAAUGCUCAAAAGUGUGUGAAUCAAUCACAUUUCGUUUUAAACUAAUGAAAAGUCACGUAAAAUUGAUUGAGAAUUGUCCUCGAAACAGGGCUUAAGACACACACACAAGUGUUUAGUCGCUAUGAUGAAGAAGAUGAAGAGAACUAUAAUGAUGAACACAGCUUGUAAAAAAUACAAAAAAUGAUGCAUAUAACUAUAAGGUGAAAACAAACAUUGAUUAGUGACGAGAUGAAGGAGGAUUUAUUCAUUCUACCAAAACAACACUUAAAAAAAAAAAUAAAAUGAAGAGAAGAAAAAAAAA